CCGUCCCGUCCCGUCCCGUCCUGUCCUGUCCCACCCCGCCUGCUGACGCGUCGGACCGAGCUCCCGGGCAGCGGGCUUGUUGCGGAGAGCAGUCGCCGAAGGAUGGGGCCGACGUGGGCUCUGCUCCUCGCCCUGCUCUCACGACCCCCGGCCGCCGCCGCUUACUUCUCCGAGGAGAGGCAGCCGGGCGAGUCGCCGCUGCAAAGCCCCACCGUGCUGGUAGCGAUCAUCGCCAGGAACACGGCUCACACCCUGCCCUACUACUUGGGCGCCCUGGAGAGACUGGACUACCCGAAGGACAGGAUCUCGAUCUGGGCAGCAACUGAUCACAAUGUGGACAAUACAACUGCCAUCCUGAGAGAGUGGCUGACCAGCGUCCAGAGGUUAUACCACUACGUAGAGUGGAGGCCGAUGGAGGAGCCAAGAUCCUACCCAAAUGAAAUGGGCCCCAAGCACUGGACCCGAACCAGGUUUGAAUACAUCAUGAAGCUGAAGCAAGCUGCACUCAAAUCUGCCAGGAAACAGUGGGCUGAUUACAUCCUGUACGUGGACACAGAUAAUAUUCUGACUGACAACCAAACACUCAACUUGCUGAUGGCAGAGAACAAGACCGUGAUCGCCCCACUACUGAUCUCGCAGGCAGCUUACUCCAACUUCUGGUGUGGGAUCACUCCUCAGGGGUAUUACCGCCGGACAGCAGAGUACUUCCCCACGCGACACCGCCAGAGAUUAGGCUGCUUUGCCGUGCCCAUGGUGCACUCCACCUUCCUGAUCGACCUGCGCAAGGAGGCGACACAGGGCCUGGCCUUCUACCCCCCGCACCCGGACUUCUCCUGGGCCUUCGACGACAUCAUCGUGUUUGCGUUUUCCUGUCGUGCCUCAGAGGUCCAGAUGUAUGUGUGCAAUAAAGAGCAAUAUGGUUUCAUCAACAUUCCCGGCAAGCCCCAGAGCACACUGGAAGAUGACAACCAGAACUUCAUCCAUCUUAUGUUGGACGCAAUGAUUACCGGGCCCCCGAUGGCCCCAUCGCAGUUCAUCCACCUCCCACCUAAGUUUCCAGAUAAGAUGGACUUUGACGAGGUUUAUCUGAUAAACCUCAAGCGACGUCCGGACAGACGGGAGAGGAUGAUGCAGGCGCUGUACGAGCAGGAGAUCAACUACAAGAUAAUAGAUGCCGUGGACGGGAGUGCUUUCAAUAGUAGUACGUUAAAUGAGAUGGGGAUUAGCAUGUUGCCUGGAUAUUUUGACCCAUACUCUGGCAGGACUUUGACCAAGGGAGAAAUUGGAUGUUUCCUUAGCCAUUAUUCCAUCUGGAAAGAGGUUGUGGAUCGAAAGCUGAACAAAGCUGUGGUCUUCGAAGAUGAUGUGAGGUUUGAGGGUCACUUUAAGAGGAAGCUGACAAGACUACUAAGUGACAUCGAGGAUGUCGCUUUAGAAUGGGACCUCAUCUACCUUGGUCGUAAACUGGUCAAUCCCGGCCAGGAGGAGGCCAUUCCAGGUGUCCGUAACUUAGUAGUGGCCGAGUAUUCUUACUGGACGCUGGCCUACGCCAUCUCACUGCAGGGGGCCGAGAAACUGGUCAACUCUCAGCCACUGACAAAGAUGCUGCCUGUGGAUGAAUUCCUCCCUAUAAUGUACGACAAGCACAUCAAUGAGGAAUACAAGGAGCUUUACCCCAAACGGGACCUGCUGGCUUUAUCCGUCAACCCUCUCCUGGUGUUCCCCACCCACUACACUGGAGAGCCCGGAUGGUUCAGCGACACGGAAAGCUCCACCAUUUGGGAUGACGACUUGGUGAAGACGGAUUGGAGCGGCUCUCAGAAAACAGUGAAGGCCUCACAGACAGGAACCUCACAUCAGUCCUUUGGAUCUGCCUCAAGGGAUGAACUGUAAUCAGCGUCAAUGUAAGAAGGUGAACGUUCUCAGGAAGUUGGUGUUUCGGACCGACAGAACUGCCAAACAUUAAACAAAGAUCGGCCAGCUGCAAUGUUGCGGACUUCUUUCAAAGUUCACCUGCCAAAGACAGGCCAGCCAACCAGUUAGAGGAACCUGGACGACGAGCAACAUGGUUCUGUUCCGUCUCAGGCCUUCACCUGUGUGUAGUGUGAAGGUGGUACCCACUGCCCAAAAGGCAAAUCACUGACUUAAACGCAAAAUAAUCCAGCUCAUCAACAAGAAACAUAAAAUAUUGUGCAGAUAGAUUUUUCAACAUUUCUGAACCGCAAAAAACAAUUUACGAUCUGCUCUUUAUUGAUAUGCACCCAAUAUGUAGUCAGCAAUGUUAAUAAUGCCAGUGCUUCAAACAGAAUGUUUUAGAACUUCCUGCUGGUCCUGUGUGCGUCCACAAUGCUGAGACGCAGCACACUGUGUAAGCUUAGAGAGGAUUGGUACCCUAGUUGAGAUCACGAGAUUGUAUACCAGGGAAAGUGAGCGUAACAUCAAGUCGAUGCAGAAUGGACUAAGCAGCUUCCUUCUGUGUUAUAUCAUUUAAUUAUUCUGUGAAUUUCAGCCUGCAACUCUUUGAAACUCCUCGGUAGGUAAAAAGCAAGGCAAAAGAUGCUGUAAAUUGCUGGAGAUCAUAAGGUCAUAAGUGAUAGGAGCAGAAUUAGGCCAUUCGGCCCAUCUACACAAUUUUUCCCUUCUAACCACAUUCUCCUGCCUUCUCCCCAUAACCCCCAACACCCACACUAAUCAAGAUUCCAUCUGUCUGCUGUAAAAAUAUCUAUUGACUUGACCUGCACAACUUUUGGUGGCAAAGAAUUCUAGAUUCACCACCCUCUGACUAAAGAAAUUCCUCCUCAUCUCCUUCCUAAAGGAACGUCUUUUAAUUUUGAGGCUAUGACCUCUAGUCCUAGACUCUCCCACUAGUGGAAAAACCCUCUCCACAUCCACUCUAUCCAAGCCUUUCACUAUCCGGGAAGAUCAUACCUCUAAAUAAACAUACCCUCACUUCAUGAUUUCCUAAUGGCUGUCUCCUGCUGUGAUAGUAAUCUGUAGAAACAGAGGUUUGUGGAUUAUUUGAUGGCAGCUGCUGAGGACUGGGAUGAAAUCACUGUGCAGACACUGGGAGAGAUCAGUUCCUUUAUGAUCGAGUCCCACCAAGCCUACUGGAAAUGUUUCUUGUAAAUUGCAAAGGAAGCUCAUAGGGAAUUAACAGCCAAUGUGAGACUAUUCCAGACUAUUGUAAGUCCAGUGGCCCAUGGCCUAGAUGUUUGAAGAACAAACAAUGGAAUGAUUCAAUAGUGAACGGCUUGGAUAGAGUGGAUGUGGAGAGGAUGUUCCCACUAGUGGGAGAGUCUAGGACUAGAGAUCAUAGUUUUAGAAUUAAAGGACGUUCUUUUAGGAAGGAGAUUAAAUUAAAUUUCUUUAGUCAGAGUGUGGUGAAUCUGUGCAAUUCUUUGCUGCCAGAAGGCUGUAGAGGCCAAGUCAGUGGAUAUUUUUAAGGCAGAGAUAGAUAGAUUUUUGAUUAGUACAGGUGUCAGAGGUUAUGGGGAGAAGGCAGAAGAAUGAGGUUAGGAGGGGGAGAUAGAUCAGCCAUGAUUGAAUGGCAAAGUCUGAAGAAGGGUUUCGGCCCGAAACAUUGCCUAUUUCCUUUGCUCCAUAGAUGCUGCUGCACCCGCUGAGUUUCUCCAGCAUUUUUGUGUACCUUCGAUUUUCCAGCAUCUACAGUUCCUUCUUAAACACGGUAGAGUAGACUUGAUGGGCCAGAUGGUCUAGUUUUGCUCCUGUCACUUAUGACCUUAUGACCAAAUUCGUAGCUCAUUUUAGAAUAGCAAACCAACCUCUAUUCACUAUCUUUGGUGGGGAGGAUGGACAGUUCAAAAUGUUUUGCUAAAAAUGUUUUACCCAACUUCACAAGUGUUUAUUUGCCAUAUGAAGAGAACAAUAACAUACUUAGUUGCUGCAGCUUUACAGGCACGUUAGAGGCAAUAAUAACGAUAUACAAUAAAUUAUCGAUUAAUGUUAGUGCAAAAAACAAAAUACAUAGAGCAACCAUAGUAAUGCAAAGUGUGUAGUGCUUCGGUGCUGAGGUAGGGUUGUGGUUAAGGUUGUGCAGAGUGGUUCAAGAACCUGAUGGUUGAUGGAAAGAAACUGUUCUUAAACCUGGAGGUUAAGGUUCUCAGGCUUCUGUACCCUCUUCCUGAUGGUAGCAACAAAAUGAGAGCAUGGUCAGGAUGCUAUGGAUCUUUGAUGAUGUUAACUGCCUUCUUGAUUCCUGUGGAUCCCUUCAAUGAUGAGAAGGACAAUGCCUGUGAUGGACCGGGCAAUGUCCAUCACUUUGUGCAAUCCGAUCAUUCUUUAGCGCCUGAGUAACGGAACAAGGACGUGAUGCAUACAGUCAAUAUGCUCUCUACUGCACAACUGUAGAAAUCCAAUAGGGUAUUUGCCAAUGUGCUGGAUCUCUUCAAACUUCUGAGGAAGUAGAGGCAUUGUUGAGCUUUCUUUGUGAUUGCAUCAAUGUUCUGGGCGAAGUGAUGUGUACGCCCAGGAAUGAACCAUACACCUAUCUAAAUUGGAAGGAUGGCAGACAUAUGUAUGCCCCAUUGGGUUUUUUUCUCUCCUGAAUGUAAAAACAAAUGUCUGAUCUUUCCAGCUAAGUUCACAAAAUUGACUUCCCACUAUGAAGGUUUUUUUAUUUAAAUUUCCUUCUGUUGAGAAAUACUUGGAGGUUCAAGGCUCGAGUUCUAAGGCUGGAGAUACUGUGGCUUUUUACCUUUAAAGAGGGCUCAUAGAGUUGAGGAGUAGAGGAAGGGUGAGCCUGAAGCACCAGUUCGGGACGAACCUUUACAGUGGGUGCCGAUAUGCAGGUUCAUAAUGAAAUAGACAAACUCAAGGCUGAUGUCAGGAAGACCAACUUUACAGAGCAGAAAAGCUGACAGAAUGAAAUCUGGGGAUCAACACCCAGGGACAGGUAUCUGCUAAAAUGUGCCAACAGAAGGACAGGUGUUUACUAAAAUGGACCUACAGGAGCAUGUGUAGUUUUCUCAUCAAAGCGAGGUAGAAUUGGCAGCAAGUGGCCUCCUCCUCUGUGCCUACCUUGUGACUCAAGUGCUGGAUUCAACUGUGCCUUUUAGAACCUAGAAUUGUAACCGGGCAAAGGUUUCUCUGCUCUUGCACUAGUGGCUUCAAUCUUAGUCACUCUUUGUCUACCAAUAAAUGCACAGCACUUCAUGUUGCUUUUUAUUUAAACAACCAACAUACUAUGGAGGCAAAGUGGGAGCAGAGAGCCAAAGUCUACUCUUCUGGUCAAGAUAUUGUAAUAAUCAGUAAUGCUGUCUUGCAGAUCUCUUUGUAUACUGCAUUUCACUGCAAACAUGUAGAAAUGUCUGACUUGCAUUGGGAGCAUUUCCUUAGGAUGGAUCAAUGUUGUACCACAAAUUGAUAUUUUCGUCACCGCUCUUUACACUGUUCAGCUGGUCUGAGUUUUUAAAAAAGAUCGUUGUGAAUUAAA